AUCAGAGACUCUCUGCUCGGAUCUAGAUCCCUGUCAUCACAACGAAGUCGACUUCCGGUCUCAACAUAAACAUGAUGGCAGACGACAGUGAUGAUAGACGAUCUAACGGCCCGAAGGUGGACGAAAGUUCUUCCAGUAGUUUUUCACUUCCAACAGAAACCAGCACAUCUCAGGCUGUUCAUAACCAAAGUUAUAAAAAUGCUAGAGAAUAUGCACAGGCAUUACGGCCGUGGUUGUGGCACUAUCAAAGCUGCUGUGCAAUGCAAUCGCUGGCGGCCAACUGUGCACUUCAAAUGCAAACCAUGUCAAUGUUCUCGACUCUAAAUAAUAACUCCUUUUCGCCUAAUGUUUCAACCUCACAGCUCAGGCAUAGGAUUGAUCCAUAUGGAUAUCGAAGACCUCAAAACUUACAGAAUGAUGGGGUUCCAUCGCCUCCACCCCAAAAUAGUAACAGACGGCAAGACACACCUGAAAUUCCAGGCCAAGGUGUCCUGAUGAAAGUUCCGACAUUCUGGAAGAGAGUGGCAGCUGAGCUGAUUGACUUUACUCUUCUGUUCUACAUCAAAAUGAUCGUGUCACUGUGCUUGAUGACAGAGUUUAGCUUAGAUCAUAUGUCGUUCCUGAGCAGUGACGAGUUGUUUGAGAGCUUCAGCGACAUGGACUACGACCGGGCGUUUGCCAUCACUUUUGAAGUCAUUGCCUUGGAGAUCAUCAACAGAGUUCUGAUCACCAUCUUUGAAACUCUGUGCCUGUACCGUGCCACGGUGGGGGGCGUGGCGGUGGGGGCGACACCCGGCAAGCGACUGAUGGGUCUGCGCGUUGUGUCAUGUGAGAGCAUCCGUAGUCUGGGUCACAGUCAGGUACUGGUGUCACCCGCCGGCAGCAUCAGCCUACGGAAUGCCUUCCUGAGGUCGGUGAUCAAGAACUUCACCAUCGCCUUCUUCUUCCCAGCCUGCCUCACCCUGUUCUUCUUCAAGCACAACCGCACCGCCUACGACGUGAUUGCCCGCACGGUGGUCGUGGAAGAACUGCCUGUGUGAGGGACUGACCCACGGGG